CCGGAGUUUGUGGUGAUUGUUGCUGCCGCCGCCACCGCCCCGGCUGCCAUCUCCUCCUCCUGGGCCGCCGCCGCCGCCUCCUCUUCCUCCUCCUCCUGGGCCGGGCUGAUCCCUUCCCCGCUGCCGCCUCCUCCUGGGCUGGGCCCGCGGUGUCUCGUCCCCUCGCGGAGCCGCUCCUGCCGCCGCCGCCGCCGCCUCCUCAUUCAUCCUCGUGCACCAUAGGCGGCACAGGCACCAAGAUGUCCAACCGAGUGGUCUGCCGGGAAGCCAGUCACGCCGGGAGCUGGUACACAGCCUCAGGACCGCAGCUGAAUGCACAGCUAGAAGGUUGGCUUUCACAAGUACAGUCUACAAAAAGACCGGCUAGAGCCAUUAUUGCACCCCAUGCAGGAUAUACAUACUGUGGGUCUUGUGCUGCUCAUGCUUACAAACAAGUGGAUCCAUCUAUUACCCGGAGAAUUUUCAUCCUUGGGCCUUCUCAUCAUGUGCCCCUCUCUCGAUGUGCACUUUCCAGUGUGGAUAUAUAUAGGACACCUCUGUAUGACCUUCGUAUUGACCAAAAGAUUUACGGAGAACUAUGGAAGACAGGAAUGUUUGAACGCAUGUCUCUGCAGACAGAUGAAGAUGAACACAGUAUUGAAAUGCAUUUGCCUUAUACAGCUAAAGCCAUGGAAAGCCAUAAGGAUGAGUUUACCAUUAUUCCUGUACUGGUUGGAGCUCUGAGUGAGUCAAAAGAACAGGAAUUCGGAAAACUCUUCAGUAAAUAUCUAGCGGAUCCUAGUAAUCUCUUUGUGGUUUCUUCUGAUUUCUGCCAUUGGGGUCAAAGGUUCCGUUACAGUUACUAUGAUGAAUCCCAGGGGGAGAUUUAUAGAUCCAUUGAACAUCUAGAUAAAAUGGGUAUGAGUAUUAUAGAACAAUUAGACCCUGUAUCUUUUAGCAAUUACUUGAAGAAGUAUCAUAAUACUAUAUGUGGAAGACAUCCCAUUGGGGUGUUAUUAAAUGCUAUCACAGAGCUCCAGAAGAAUGGAAUGAAUAUGAGCUUUUCCUUUUUGAAUUAUGCCCAGUCAAGCCAGUGUAGAAACUGGCAAGACAGUUCAGUGAGUUAUGCAGCUGGAGCACUCACAGUCCACUGAAGCUCUGAAUCCUCAGGGAUGCCGCCUGCACAUACUCAUAUUCUAUCCGGGGUCCCAGCCUAGCCCUUACCAAGAUACCGGUCCUGGUUUGGGGGGAUUCUGAAACCUCAAACUAAUAGAACUUUCUUCUCUUCUUUUCUAGUAGGUGUAGUCCUUCCUUAAUUUCAACUCAUUAAAAAAUGCUUUAUAGUUUAGGGCAGUGAAAGGAAGGCUGGCAUCAAAAUAUAUUGAUCAAAAAAGAUGGCAACGUACGGCCCAGUUGUGGCAGAUAGUUUUUUGAAAGUAACUUGUAAAGCAUUUACCAUAUCCUAAAUUUGCACUCUUUGCAGACUUGUGCACAUAUAUUCCGCUUUCAGAAUAGUUUUGCAAAUUGUACACAAACAAACAAAAAAGGGUGGAAGCUUUUUAAUAAAGAAAUUGCAUUUAUAAAUGAUCUGUAUUAGAAUAUGAUAAAUCUCCAGUUACAGUCAAUUACUACCCGUGUUGUACAACAGAUACCUUCUAUUUUAGUUGCUAAUAAAGGGCUACACAACUCAAAAUAGUCUGAUUUAAACUUAUUGCUCUGUGGUACAUAUGAAAAUUGUUUUUUAUUAAUUCUAUUUCAGAAUUUUAUGUUAAAAGUGGUAAACUUCAGCUUUUAUUUAAAAAUAUCUUAGGAUGUAUUUUUAUAUUUUACAUAUUUAUGUGAUUUUUUUUAUCACAGAUAUUAGAAUUGUAUUUUAAAGUCAGCUUUUAAAAUUACAUACAGUUUGCUUUUUUGUGUGUGACAUCACUUUGUGUCAUUACUACAUUGUAAUGGAAUAUAAAUUCAAGAUUGGUAAAAGAAUAUAGAUGUAGUCCUUUACUUCAAAGAUGGUGUUUGAAGGCAGUAGUCUGCAGUGAGGAAACGUUGAAGAGUGUUCUUAGUGUUUUCACGCCCUUGCAGACCAUACACUGCUGCUGUGCUUUUUUAGUGCUUUAAGUAAUGUGAUUCUCUUACUUGAAUUUUUAGCAGGAAAUCAUUAACAAUAACAGCAACAACAACAAAAACCACUAGAUUUUCUUAUAGUUCUACAAUUUUUUUUUGUUAUGAUUUUUGGUGCGGCUCUUCCAACUAAAAUAAUGGUAUGGUGUUGUAUUUCUUUCGUUAGCAUAGACCAAUUCUAGUCACUUUGGCAAAAAAAGAAAGGAAAAGUAAUUCAGUUAGUUAAUUACUGGCUACCAUGCAUGUACUAGAUUGUGUCUAUUUUAAUCUAACACCAGGUAUCUACAUUACAUUGGAGAGCAUUUAUAUCUUCAGUGUUAUGGCAGAAUAGUACAAUUUUUAGAUGCCUUGCACCAAUUUUAUUUACAGAUUUGCAUUUCAAAUAUCAACUUUCUAUACUCAAGAAUUGAGAUAAACUAAUGUUAUCUUUGGAUUCAAAAUUACCCACCUAUACAUGUGUGGAAAUUAUACUCUUACAUAUUAGUGAUUUAUUUUCCAUUAUUUAGAUAUACUUUUGAGUACUAUAAAUAUUUAUUCCUUAUUUAUUAUAAAGCCUAUAGAAAUUUGAAAAUUGACUACAGAGUAAAUUUGUAAUGUUUUCUGAAUAUAAAAUUAAUAUAUGAUUAUUAUAUAAAAUUUAGAAAAUAUUGAAAAAUAUAAAGAAGAGAAAAAAAUUAUCCACAAUCUCACUAUACAGAGAUAACACUGUUAAUAUUUUUUGUAUUUCCUUUCAGUCUUUGUCUAUGCUAUUUAUAUGUAUGAGUGUGUAUAUAUGUUUGGGUGUGUGCAUAAUAACAAAAUUGAGAUUAUACUGACCAUAUAGUUGUAUACUCUACUUUUUAUAACUUAACAUCAUAUCAAAUACUUCCCUAUGUCAUUGAAAAUGUGAUUUUUUUUAAAUGGCUGCCUAAUAUUCUGUUGUAUGAAUAUACCAUAAUUGAACCA